UCGACGCCUCCUAAUAGAAUAAUCUCAACUGCCAGUUUUCAUUUCAGAACUAACCUCACUGCACACGACGUGAGAAGCUAUCUUUUUUGCGUGACGCAGAUACCACAUGAAAUUACUUGCCGGAGGACUAGUUACAAGACAUGCCGGCGGGACGCACACCCACCGUGUCGUGGCUCGCUUCCCUGCUCGUCUUCAUCGCUGCCUUGGAGGUCGCCAGGUGUCGUUCUUCAGCGCAUCAAGGCAAAAAGAUGGUCCCAGUCUACUACGACAUCGGGGCCUGCACAGACAAACAACAUUUCGUCGAAGUCAACAACGUGACCACCAUUAUGGACGAGUGGGGUGCCUAUUACUGCAGCGCAAGCGUCUUGUUCCUCAAAGAAAUGAAGAGUGUGUCCAAGCUGGUCGUCAUCAUAACAAAAUGCACCGGCGGGAAAGCAACGAAUCUUUGUGAGUACUAC